AGACCGGACUCAUAUGAUAGAGCAAGCGAACAAUGGCAGCUCUAUUGUCCCAAAAGGAGCAGGAAUGCUCGACCAGCACACAGCAUUACAGCACAGAUGGUGGGAGACGUGGUAAUAAUAAAUAUCCAGUGACUGAAGAGUCCAUUUCAAAGCGUGUAGCCCUGCUGAUCACUAACAAAACUUUCGAUGGGUAUUCAACCAGACAUGGAGCUGAGAAAGAUGAAUAUGAAAUGCACUGCAUGCUUGCAGAUCUGGGUUACGAUGUGGUGAAAUAUAGGAACUUGACUGUAAAGGAGAUUGAAGAAGCUCUACAAAAGUUCUCAAAACAUCCACAUCUUGUCCACACGGAUAGUGUGUUUGUAGUUAUCAUGUCUCACGGAUCUCUGCAAGGUGUCUGUGGCACUGACUGCAAACCUUUCGAAAUUGAAAACAUUUACAAGAGCCUAAACACACAGAAUUGUCCUGCACUACAUAACAAGCCCAAGGUGAUCAUCAUCCAGGCUUGUAGAGGAGGUCAGGCGGGUUCGGUGGUUUUACAUGAUGAAGUUUUAACCACUAUUGGAAGAAACAUCGAGACAGAUGCUGUGGUACACAAAGAAAAGGACUUCAUCUCUCUUCUGUCCUGCACCCCUAAUACGACUUCAUACAGAGACGAGUCAUACGGCUCUUAUUUUAUCCAAUAUAUUGUUGAGAUAUUCAAAGAGUUUGCUGAUGUGGAUCACAUUGAGGAACUGUUCAGAAAAGUCAUGCAGCGCUUCGAGGAAUCUGAGUUUGGUGAAAUUCAGAUGCCAAGCAAAGACAGAUGUACUCUGACAAAGAACUUCUACCUGCUUCCCUACUAA